AAUGGAAUUGGUUUUUGGAUUUUUCAAAUGGUUGCUGAAUGAAAUGUUUGUUGCAGAGAGAGAGAGAGAGAGGGUGUGAUGGUGCUACAUCUUCCUUACAUCUUCCUCUGGGGGUUAAGAGAGUUCGUAUUUGAAGUUCUGAAGAGCUGGUUGGUGUCUAUGGUUUUGUUUCUGUUCUGUUUUGAGAGGAAUUUCUGUUGGCAAGAAGGGCUGCAGUAAUGGAGAGAGGUGAAAUUGAAGCAGAUGACAAUCUCGUGGAAAAACCGUUGCCUUUCUUACCUUCAGUUGUUGCAGUAGCUAUCGAUGGGAAGAGAAAAAGCAAAUAUGUUGUAAGGUGGGCACUGGAGAAGUUUGUUCCUGAGGGAAAGGUUAUCUUCAAGCUGAUGCAUGUCCGUCCAAGGAUUAGUGGAGUUCCUACACCAAUGGGAAAUUCAAUUCCACUAUCACAAGUACGGGAAGAUGUAGCAGCUGCUUAUAUAAAGGAAGUGGAGUGGCAGACAAAUGAAAAGCUUCUUCCUUACAAGAAAUUGUUUGCUCAGAAAAAGGUGGAAGUGGAUGUUGUAGUAAUUGAAUCAGGUGAUGUGGCAAUUGCAAUAGCAGAGGAGGUUGCUAAGCAUGGAAUCAACAAGCUUGUCAUUGGAGCUUCAUCUCGUGGCUUGUUCAAAAGGAAACGUGAGGGACUAUCAUCUCGAAUCUCAACAUGCACUCCAAGUUUUUGUGUGGUCUAUGCUGUUUCGAAAGGAAAGUUGUCUUCUAUGCGCCCGGCCAAUAUAGAAACAAAUGGAAGCAUUAAAGAUAACUGUAGUGUGGCAAGUUAUUCUUCCAAAAGUUCGUCAAGCAACACUUCCAGUUCACGGACAGACCUUGGUUCGGUUGCUUCGUACUCUCAUUUCCACUCUCCUUCCCUACCAGUGCAGCGGUAUCAUGCUCUUGCAACUAUCAACCAGACCCUUCUUCAGACAAGAACAAGUUCAAUUGAAACCAGCCAUUCUAGAUACCAUUCUGUGGAUGCCAUAGAAGUGGAGGAUGAUAUGAAUUCUGUAGAUGCUGGACAUGCAUUGAGUCGGGCAUCUAGUUGCAAAAGCUUGCCAACAGAAAAUGAGUCCUGGAUUUCUGAUCAAGCUUCCUCCUCAGUUGCGCUCACCCAUUAUCCUUCAUCUGAGAGCCAGGAAAAUUUUAAUCUUGAGCUAGAAAAGCUAAGAUUUGAACUCAAACAUGUCCAAGGAAUGUAUGCGCUAGCUCGAAGCGAGACAAUUGAUGCUUCCCUAAAGCUGAACAAUCUCAGUAAACGCCGCUUGGAGGAAGCGACGAAGCUCAAGGAGAUAAAUUACAAAGAGGAGAGAGCCAAAGAAUUAGCAAGGCAAGAGAAACAGAGGUCUGAAGCUGCGAAAAGAGAAGCAGCACAAGUGAGAGAAUGUGCUGAAAGAGAAGUUUCUCAUCGACGAGAAGCAGAGAUGAAGGCUGAUCGUGAUGCUAAAGAGAGAGAAAAGCUUGAGAAUGCUCUUGAAGGUCCAGUGCUGCAAUACCGAAAGUUCACAUGGGAAGAGAUUUUGUCUGCCACAUCAUCUUUUUCUGAGGAUCUUAAAAUAGGGAUGGGGGCCUAUGGAUCAGUUUAUAAGUGCAGUUUGCAUCAUACAACUGCAGCAGUGAAAGUUCCUCACUCCAAAGACAGUCACAAAACUAAGCAAUUGCAGCAAGAGCUUAAAAUCUUGAGCGAAAUUCAUCAUCCCCAUUUGCUUCUCCUUCUUGGAGCAUGUUUAGAUCACGGUUGCCUAGUCUUUGAGUACAUGGAGAAUGGUAGCCUGGAGGACAGGUUGAUCAGGAAAAAUGGUACACCCCCUAUUCCUUGGUUUGAGAGGUACCGAAUAGCUUGGGAAGUAGCCUCAGCUCUAGCCUUUCUUCACAACUCAAAGCCAAAACCAAUUAUCCAUCGUGAUCUGAAGCCGGCGAACAUUUUGCUUGAUCGUAACCUUGUAAGCAAGAUUGGUGAUGUUGGUCUUUCUAUGAUUCUUCAUUCAGAUUCUUGUGACACGGGACCUGUUGGGACACUCUCGUACAUAGAUCCUGAGUAUCAAAGGACUGGGUCAAUCUCUCCAAAGUCUGAUGUUUACGCUUUCGGGAUGAUAAUUUUGCAGUUGCUGACGGCAAAACCAGCAAUAGCACUGCCCCAUAUCGUAGAAACUGCGUUAAGUGAUGGUCAUUUAUUAGAGAUUUUGGAUCCAGAGGCUGGGAAUUGGCCAAUUGAGGAAACAAAGGAAUUGGCUGAACUGGGACUCAACUGUGCUGAGCUUUGGCGUAGAGACAGGCCUGAUUUAGAAGAAAAAGUACUUCCUGCACUGGAGAGAUUGAAAAAGGUUGCCGAUAGGGCUCAACAUUCAGCUUCCAGACUUCGACCCUCACCUCCUAACCACUUCAUCUGCCCAAUUAUUAAGGAUGUGAUGGAUGACCCUUGUGUCGCAGCGGAUGGUUACACUUACGACCGUAAAGCAAUAGAGUUCUGGCUUGAAGCGAACAAUACAUCGCCAAUGACAAAUAUGCCAUUGCUUGACAAGAAUCUAAUACCAAAUUACACGCUUCUUUCUGCGAUUAUGGAGUGGAAGUCCAGACACUAAUAACAACAUUCUUUAUUGAUUUUUCAGAAUAAUGCUGAAAAUUGUUAUUGAAUUGCAGACUUUUCUCUACGAUUAUGGAGAGGAGAGUGGAGUGUAGUCCACUGACCGAUGACAUCUACUUUGCUUCGUUCAGUAUAGCCUGACAGAAUUGUUUCUUUGAGGAUUCCUCAACAUGUAUAUGUAAUUAGAUGUAAAAAAAAAUAACAAAAUAAAAACAGAGCUCUUAGUGUUUCAGGUAGGAUAUUCUUACUAGGGUCCAUUUCUUUCGUAAUAUUAUGUAUUGAAAGACAACUUUUGUAAUGGCUAUAGCAAUGCAGUAGCGGUGUGGGUCGGAAAUAAGACCAACCGAGAUUCCUUUU